CCCCUUCCCAUCACCCCCCAUUUUUUCUCCACCUCUCUAUCUCUUUCCUUGUGAUCACCAUUAAUACCAAACCAACACACAGAAUUAAUAACCAUACAAACCCCCUUCUACACCACUAAGGAUCAACAUCAUGAAGUUUAUUCCUUCUCUAUUAUUGCUCAACAAAAACAAAGAAACAUGGCGAUGGCCUUCUUGUAAGAACCCCAAAACCAUGUCUUUUCGGGUAGGUUCUGGUGAUAUGAUGUUUAAAACCGUCAAUUCUGUCUUUUUCGACCCCAAAUAUACACAUCCGGCUGAAGCAGAAGCAGAAAUGACCACUCCAGAUUCGUUCUUCACGAACUCGUCAGAAUCUGCUAGUAUAUCAUCGGAGUCCGAGGAGUACUUAAACACUAAUGAGUACUCCUCAGUUGAGAACAUUGUCCGUGGGGCAAGGUCAGAAAGAUUGUUUUUUGAACCUGGCCCAACUACUAGUUCGAUUCUUGAAGGUAACAAACAAUGUGUGGAUAUACUGAUUGAAGGUGGUGGUGGUGGUGGUGGUGGUCGUGAUGACUGUGGUGGCAAUGGUGAUAUACCAUAUAAAGAAAGUGUGGCUGUGGCGAUUGAAUCUGAGGAUCCACAUGGGGAUUUCAAGAAAUCUAUGCAGGAGAUGGUGGAGAACCAUGGAUUGAAAGAUUGGGAGUGUUUGGAGGAGUUGUUAGGGUGGUAUUUGAGGAUGAAUGGGAAGAACCACCAUGAGUUGAUUGUUGGGGCCUUUGUUGAUUUGCUUGCCGGAAUUUCUGGCGGCGAUGGCAACAGUGGCGGCAAUGGUGGAACUGGUGGUGGUGGAGCUUCUUCUUCCGAUCAUUCUGUAGAUUCUUUUGCUUCUGUUGCUUCUACUUUCACUUCUCCCAUCUCUUCUCCUCCUUUGUCCAAACGUGGUGGUGAGAAGGAGAUUAUCGAGGAAGAGAAAAUAGUCAUUAAUUAAUUAUUUAUUUAAUUACCUAGCUUCGAUAUUUUCUAAGAUAUAGAAUUAACUUGUACUUGUAUAUAUAUAUAUAUAAUAUAUGUAGGAUGAUCAUUUCAAUC